CUUCCCCCUCGCACACCCCUGUGCUGCCCUGCAUGGGAGACGCUCCCAGCCUGGGGCCAGUCCCCUCUCCCCACAAAUCCCAUCGUGCCUGCUCCGAGAACAUCUUGGAAGAUCUUCUGGAGAGCCGCUGACGGAGAGAACAUUUACCAGGAGCGAGAAAAGACAAUGGAUUCAGACUUUUUAAAUGUGUUUACACAGCCUUCUACACUUGAUCGAUUCCUAAAUGAGACUGUCAUUGCUAAAGGCGAGAAGAGGAAACUCAUAAAACCCACCUCAAGCAACAAUCCCAAGUUGGAACAAUUAAAACUGUUACUGAUUGACUGGAUUAACAGAACUCUGCAAGAGGAACACAUAGUAGUUAAAAGUCUGGAAGAAGACCUGUAUGAUGGGCUGGUGCUUCAUCAUCUCUUGGAAAAGCUGGGAUCCCUCAAGCUGGAUGUUGACAAGAUAGCGCUGACAGAAAAGAAACAGCGACAGAAACUCUCGGUGAUUAUGGAAGCUGUGGCCAAGUGUUUGCAACUGGAGGAAAGUCAGCUGAAGUGGAGUGUGGAAUCUAUCUUGACAAAGGACUUGCUGAGCACACUGCACCUGCUGGUUGCAAUAGCACAGCACUUCGAUCCCAGCCUGGCCCUGCCUCCAAAUGUGCAAGUGGAAACAAUCACCAUUGAGAACACCUCCAGAGGAUUAAAGACAUCAAAUGCGGUGGAAAAUAUCACAGACGACAAAGAGAACACAGAAGCGCAGUCAAAUGAUGCCUUUGAUGAAUUAUUUAGCCGUGCUCCAGAUAAACUGGAAGCUGUCAAAAAGGUGUUUUUGCAGUUUGUCAACCAGCAUCUUGGAAAAUUAGGAUUAAGUGUGAAAGACAUCGAAUCUCAGUUUUCAGAUGGAGUUAUCUUACUUAUCUUAAUUGGGCAGCUGGAGGGUUACUUUCUGAAUUUGAGGAGUUUCUUCCUGACUCCAGCCAGCACCACGGAGAUGCUCCACAAUGUUAACCUUGCCUUGGACUUGCUGGCAGAUGGAGGUCUUCUGAAUUUUUCUGUGAACUCUGAAGAUAUUGUGAACGGAGAUAUGAAGACUACAAUGAGGAUUCUGUAUUGCUUGUAUUCCAAGUACAAGACCAAAGAAGCAUGAAGGACAAGGCCAAAAACUUGAGCUUCUUUCCUCCCUCCCAGCAUGUCAUGGUGUGAUUUUUGGAUUCCCAGCUCUGUUUGACACCGCUUCUGUUUGACACUUGCUGUGUUAACACUGUUUAUGCAAGUCUGUUAUUCAUGCAACGUUUCACAUAUACAGCCUGAGUAACUUUAAAUAUUGUGUGUCCAUGGCCAGUGUAAUUCUGUGGCUGUAACUCUUGUUCCAGACCCUGCCUUUUGCUUUCUCUAGUGCUGCAAAGAGGUGCAGUGUGUGUUUUUUUCUGGACUCUGCGUUCUUUGCUCCUUAAGGUGAAUUUGGAAGUUGUUGUUGCAGCCUCCCCACUUUUCCUGCUUCGGAGUCGCUCUGGAAACUGGAGAGGUGAAGACUGAGACCCACUUGAAGCUCAAGUUGGUCACCUCCUUUGGAGAGCUGGCCAGAGGUCGUCAGACAAGAGGAUAUGGAUUGGACACCAAGUGAAUGGGCAGCAGAAAGGAAAUCUGAACUUACCAAAUGUGUGAUGAAUGUUCCACUGCUCAGAUAUGGAAAAGGGACUCAGAACAACGUGAGACUGUGCAGUGACAGAGGGGUCUCCUGCACAGCUGGAGGAAGAUGCCCUUAUUUCCUGGCCAAGCCAAUGCCAAACUGUGGCUGGCUCCAGCCUGUUGCAUAGUCUUUGACUGGCAGGAAUUCCAGUUCCGGUGUCAAAUUAGAAAGGCUCCCAUGUCCACGCUUUCCAGUAGGAGGUGGAGAGUUGCCGGCUUCCUCUGCAUCUGGGAGAGACCAUCAUGGGUGGGAUUAGUGAAACUCCGCUUCUGGCAGCUGAGCUGUGCUGCAGGGGCUCUCAGACUCCUCUGAGACUCUCCCAGCUGAGCUUAUCCAGCCACCAUCCCCAAGCAUCCCAGUAUCUCCCUCUGGAUGUGUCAAGGCUAGCCACAAUUUAUGUUAGCUGUCACCCUCGCUCUUCCUUGGGGGUUUUAAAUCACAGCUCCUUCAAAACCUCCAUCUACUCCCUUGACCUUAAAAUUAUGUCACGUUGCAGAAAACUAGAGAUCUAAUAAUAAAGUUUUGGUAUUAUUUUGGCUUCCAUCUAAACUGAUUUAAUUUCCUGUCGUCAAUGCCUCUGACAUUUGAUCUCUGGUCUGGUCCUCCAUCUGUGUGUUAACGGGAAACCAGAGCUCCAGUGCUGACAUUUACAGAUGAGAAUUUGUUGUGUCUACCCCUGGAUACAGAGCCCAAGGAAGAUCCUUAGAUAGCAAUGCUGAUGAGUCUUCAUUGCCUCUGACAAUGGUAAUGCUGCACAGCUGCUGGGGACAGAGCUCUGCAAAGUGCCCUGAGCCCAAUCCUUUCUGCACCGAGAAUGAGCUGG